UUUCAGCUGGCAGUUCAUAGCAGCUCCUGCUCCUUCUCAACUCUCAUUGUGUGGAAACUCAGAAGAUGCUUUUCUGAGCUCUUGGUUUUCUCAACGUUGAGAUCAUGGUUCUUAUGAUGAGUGGAAGGAGAGGAUGAAUGAGUGUGAGCUGCUAGGCCAGAGAGUAUAGCCCUGCUAUGUUUAUCAUCUGAUUAAACCUACAGUCAGCUGACAUCUACCACAGGCCGUUGGAUGAAGUUAAAAUGGCCUCCCACAAGCAAAGCGUUCAAUGCUUUGACACCAUCAUGGACGACCCAUCUCCCAAGCCCCCUUUCCCCCAUGGGCACUGCUCCUCAGCGUCCUUCAGAGGCCCAUCCAGCUCAACAAGACUGGAGCCGCUGGAGGAUCGUGGAUGCUAUCUGUGUGCCGAUCACCAGCAGGCCAAGGCGAUGGCCUCAGAGGCCUCAGGAGCUUACUCAAACCCAUGGUAUCAUUUCCAGACACAUCCACACUCUCAGCAGUAUACAAUCAGGAGGCCCACUCGAGCUGAGGAAGCUCCUGGACAGGUUGAAGGUCACCACCACCAUCACUGGCACUCCAGGAAGAUUGUGCUUGUGAAAAACAGUGACCCCUCUGUCCGGAGGACCAUCGUGCUGCACCGCAGGAGCCUGCGUAGUCUGGUGCUCUUCAUGGACGAGGUCUCUGAACUCAUGCAGUGUCUCAUCAGGAAGCUCUACACACUGGAAGGCCACAAGAUUGACAGUGUGCACAGUCUGCUCCAGUGCCCGAGCAUUUUGGUUUUUGUGGGACGUGAGCCUUUCCACCCACUCCUGUUGGACAGCUUCAGGAAGAACUCUUACGACAAACUUCCAAGGCUGAACACAAAGCCACGCUCUAGUGUCUGCAGCGAUGAAAAGUGGGCCAAGAAAAAUGAGAAUAUAUUUUCAGCCAAAACUUAUGUGCAAGAUGAAGAAAAAGAAGAAAGGGCACUAAGUUCAAUGUCAGCCAAUUCAAAAACGUCUACAAAGUCAUUGUCUGAGUUAUCAACCUCUUAUGAGAAUGAAAAUGGUGCUGAGUGUAUUGGAGCAAACGGAGAAAUUAUAGAGGAGCGAUCCUCGAGUGCUAUCUCCAUAAAAUCCAUCACCUCUGGAAAAUCAAAUAAAACAAAUGUUUCAGAGGUACUUGAAAAGGAUGGAAGAGCACCCAGUGCCAUGUCAAUAAAGUCUCAGAAAUCUGACAAAUCAAGACAAACCGAAUUCUCAGACAAUGUGUCUGAGGAACAAAUCUCUGAAGUAAGAACAUCAAGUGCCAUGUCUGUUAAAUCAAAUACAUCUGUGAGGUCAAGAGCAUCAGAUAAUGGCUUUGAUGAGCUUCCCAAAUUACAAGACAAUGUUGAGGAGAGGGCUGUAAGUGCUGUGUCAUCUAAAUCAAAUAUUUCCACUACAUCUAGUCGGUCUAAAGAGCCACAGUCUGUACCUGAUGGGACAUCAGAGGAGAGAAUAGAAGAGAAAGCUUCAAGUGUUAAAUCUGGAACAUCAAACAAGUCUGGAAUCCAAGAGGUGACAAAUGAUGAUCAAACACUGGAGAGGGCUCCCAGCUCCAUUUCGAUAAAAUCAAAUAUUUCUGCAAGAUCUAAAAUGUCAAUUGAGCUGAGCGAGCUUGAAGAUCAAGACAGGGCCCCCAGCAGCAUUUCUAUUAAAUCAAAUGUCUCACAUAAAUCAAAGUCUGACAUUUCAGAAGCAGUAUCUUCUAAGUAAAAAGAAGAUGUUCAGGAAAGAGCAUCAAGUGCUAUUUCCGUGAAUUCUACCACAUCUGCAAGAUCAAAGAAAUCUGAAACAACACCAAAAUUAGGAGAAGAAACAAAGGAACGAGCUCCUAGUGUUACGUCAAUCAAAUCAAAUGCUUCAUUAAAAUCAAAUAAGUCCAAGAUGGAGGAGGAGGAAAUAGAAAACAGAGCCUCCAGUACUUUGUCUGUUAAAUCUGAAGUUUACACAUUAUCAAAAAAAUCUAAUGUUUCUGUAAGAUCUAAAGGGUCCAAAAUGUCAGAGGUGGCACAUGAUAAUCGAUCAUCCGCAGUAUAUGCAGCAUCACAUACCUCUGAAACAUCAAAUGAAAUCAGCACAGCACCUAAAAAAACCUGCAAAAGCACAGAGAAAUCACCAGACAAAGAGAAAAGAGCAACAAGUGCAUUGUCAACAAAAUCCACUAACUCCAAGAAAUCCAAAGUAUCUGAUAUGGCUGAUGAUAUUGUAGCUGAAGAUAGAGAUGAUUUGCGAUCUGUAAGUGCAAUGUCCUCUAAAUCUAAUGUAUCUGCAAAAUCUGUGAAAUCAGUGAUCUCAGAAUUGGUCACAGAAGAAGCACUGGACCAAACAGAAGAACGGGCUCAGAGUGCAUUGGCAGCACAAUCCAAUCAGUCAGGAGUGACGUUAAGUGAUGGAGUUGAAGUUGCAGAGGAACGGGCGCUGAGUGCCAUGUCUUCUAAAUUCAAUGCUUCUGAAAGAUUAAAAAAGUCCAGUAAUUUAAAAGUGCCAACUGCUUUGCCUCAAGCAGCAAAACACCAAACAGAGGAGCGAGCUCAGAGUGCAUUGUCAGCUAGAUCAAGCAUUUCAACAAGAUCCAAUAAGUCUAAAAUUUCAGAUGUUUUAACUGAUAUGCAAGUUGAUGUGAAAGACCAAAAAGAAGAGAGAGCUUCAACUGCUUUGUCUGCAAAAUCAAGCAUUUCUGCAAAGUCAAAAAACUCAAAUGUUUCUGCAACAGACGUCAACGCUGAUGACAAAGAAAAAGGAGACAGAAUACCAAGUGCUAUGUCAGGAAGAUCUGCUAUUUCUACCAAAACCAGUAUUUCUGCAAAAUCCAAAGCAUCACAAGUUUCAGAAGUACCGCCAGAAGAGACUGAUGAUGAAGAAAGUGAAGUAAAAGCACCGAGUAUUACUAAAUCCAGUAUUUCAGUAAGGUCCAAUAAGUCAAAUCAUUCAGACUUUAGUGCUGAAGAAGGGGUUCAGAACAUAGAGAGACCUCCAAGUGCAAUUUCAAUAAUAUCUGAUGCCACACCUGAUGAAAAUGAAAUCACAAAUGAUGAUGAAAUCCAAGAAAGGGCUCCAAGUGCUGUGUCUGCAAAAUCACAUUCCUCUGUAAGAUCCAGGACAUCAAAAGUUUCUGAAAUAAUCAUAGAUGAACCAGAUAAACAAAACGUGCUGUGUCUGCAAAAUCACAUUCCUCUAUCCACAAGUGUGGUUUCUAAUGCAUCUGCAGAUUCUAAAAUGUCUGAAGCUGGUGUGUACACAAAAGCAAACCGUUCACCAAGCAAAUUGUCAGUUAAAUCCAAUGUAUCUACAAGAUCCAAGAAGCCUAAAAUUUCUGAGGGUGAGGACCAUACACCCACAAACACAGAAGAUAGGGAAUUAAACAGAGAUGAGAGUCCAUUGUCCAAUCACUCAGAAGUAUCUCAAGCAGAGAACUCAAAUGAAUGCAUUUGUGGUGCAAUAAACAAGCCAUCAAGUCCAGUGGCAUCAUCUGAAAAAGACUCCGACCAUGAAGAGGUACCUGCAAGUCCUCUGUCUAAAAAGUCAGCAAAGUCCAAAAUCAGUUCAGUUGGUUCCGCCUCUGAAAGAGUUUUAACACCAACAAGCACCUCAGUUUCUAUUGGGGUUGUUGAAGACCAUGAGGCUGAUGAUGUUUCAAUUAACUCAAGAAUAUCUGCUUCAUCAAAGACUGAAAUAUGUGGUAAAUCUGACCAGGGUUCAUCAGAAUCUCCCGUACAAAUCACAAAUGAAGCAACACCGACACCAGAGGGAAGACCUAAAAGUUCUACAUCAGCUAAUUCAAUUGUCUCUCGUAAAUUGAGGUCCAAAAGCUCUCAUUGUGGCUCUGCAUGUCCUACAGACACAAUCCAGGACAGAGAUGAUGUAGCAAGCAAUAAAUCCUCCGAAAUAAAGUAUUCAAUAAUUUCAUCCGAUAGCCAACCAUCUGCCAACAGUUCAGUGAAACGGAGCUCUCAAACCCAGAAGAUUCGUCCAUCUAGCAAAGCUUCCGGUAUGUCUGUACACACUGAAAUCACAGGUCAAGAGAAAGCUGAAAGUCCAGAUGUUACCCAUAAAUCUCAAAGUGUCUGUUCAAAAUGCAGUUCUACACAACAAAAAGGAAAAAUGUCACCUGCUUCAAGUGCCUCAGCAAUCUCACACUCUGAGAAAUCCAAAACUAAAGAAGGAAAUACUGCAGAAAUGACUGACAGACCAAAGAGUAAAAUAUCCAAUCCAUUCUCUCAUUUGAAAGUAAAUGGUCAAAAGAUUGAAACUACAGUUGUCAAUGAAAGAAGCAAUAAAUCAAACACCAUGUCAACACAGAAAGUUGAGGACAAUGCAACCAGGUUAUCUGUUACCUCAGGAAACCAUCUAAGUCCUAGCCCACCAAAAUCUCCUAAAAAAUCCAAAAAACCUGUUAUUCUACUUGGCAGCUCUAAUGAUAGUGUGUUAUCGCAGACAGUUCCUGCUCCAGAACCAAGAGAAGAAUAUACUGACCAUUUGAAUGCUGCAGCAGAAAGACCUCAGUCUUGUAGAUCUGAUACAAAUGUCAGUGAAAUUAAGAGUGAAAAAAGUAGCAAAUGUAGAAAAAUAAUUGGAAGUGACUCUUCUUGCCACAAGAUGGAUGAUGACAUGUCUGAGCCAAGUCCUUCUUGCUUGCCAAAUGCUUCUCCAACUGAGGUGGUAAAUGAAUGGCUGAGGAAAAUCCCAUCAGACACCACCUUGUGUGAUUUGGGGGACGAAUUCCAUGACAAUUAUGUUUCAAUAGAGCCGCUUUGCACAUCUCAUGUGCCUUCAGGAGUUGAUAAUGAGCAUGGAAGUUUGCAGCCAAGUGAUGUUACCAAGCUUGAAACACAAAAUGAGAUGGAAGGUGCUCAUAUGGUGAGUACAGAGGGUGCUACGGACAAAAAAUCUCCUGAAGUUGCUGAGGGUGAUCGCUCUCAGAGAGGAGAUGAACCAAAGAUGUUUAGUUCCUCAGUUCUGGUGAUGAAAGUCUUGCUGAGCCCCAAACUCGACCGAUGCAAUAGCCUACCAGAGGUAUCUCCUGUAUAUGGACGUAAGCUCAGUGCAUCAGUGCAAGGUCUUCUGGAUUGUUUGGCAAAUCUUCAGUUGUUAGACUUUGGUCCUAGUGAUGAAGAUGGUAAAAAAGAAAAAUACCAGGAGCUCACGAGCAUGCUUAGGUCCCUUUGGCUUUGUGACCCAAAAGACAAUGAGAAGACAUCUGUGGAAAGAAACAAGCGUCUGGAUGAGGAAUUCAAAGCCAGGUCAUCCUCAGGGGUAGAUGUUAACAGUGGCUCAACCGGUUCAGGGAAAAGUAGCAUCAAUGAUGGCAUCCAAGCCCAAAUCAACACAGAAUGUGAAGGCUUGGAUACCCUGACAAAGGUACUAGAAGUUGAUGAAACAGUGGAAGGGGAAGCUUCAGAAACAAAAUACGAUUCAGCCACUCCAGAUAUAGCAAGUCAAGCUCAGUGGACCCCAGAGACAAAGGGCACAAUUGAAGUGAAGCUAAAAGAUGAUGUCCCAGGCUCUGAAGAGACAAUCAGGAGUAAUGAUAGUCCAAGGGAACUCAUUGAAACACCUUUUUCAUCAAACAAGAGUUCUGGGAAUAAUCCCAAAAAAGAGGAAACUGAAUCAGACCGUCAAGAGGACACAAGUUCAGGCAGCGCUCCAAAACAACAAAAAGGUAAAUUAUCAAAAAGGCUUUCUCAAGACCCUGAUCCUGUAUGGGUUCUGAAUUUAUUGAACAAAUUAGAAAAGCAAUUUAUGACACAUUAUAUUAAUGCAAUGGCUGAGUUCAAAGUCCGUUGGAAUCUGGAUGACAACGAGCAACUUGAUGCCAUGAUAUGCGAAUUGCAAGAUGAAGUCCGCAGACGGAUACAAUCAAGUAUAGACAGGGAGCUAAGGAAAAUCCAAGGCAGAGCUGGAAGACCAAGACCACCAAAAGACACAAUGUCACCUGAAUCUACCAUUCAAACAGUGCAAAGGCGGAGACGUCUGAAAGUGAUGCGCAACCAAUCAAUUGAUCCACAACCUGUUAAAAGUGACGAUGAUUACACAAUGACAGGGACCGACUUCAGCAAUCAACGUAGCGAUGAUGAAUAUUGUCCUUGUGACACAUGCUUGAAAAAGAAAAUGGUAUCCAAGCAUGUGUUACUUGUGGAAAUGUUUAAUUCAGCCCCUGUGAUGAAAGACUUUGAUUUAAGGAGAAUUCUCCAGAUGAAGAAAUCGUCUCCAACCAAUGAAAAGAUCGAAGAAACUGCCAAUGAAGAAGCAAGUGAGAUGGAAGUAGAAAAUGCAGGGCUUAAGGCUGUCAAAGAGGAGGAUGAGAAAGAGGGGGCAGAUAAAGAAAUACUUGCUUCCAGUGCUCAAGAAAUUGAAGAUGAAAAAUGAGAAAGUGAGGAGGGUGAAGAGUAUGACAGUGCCUCCAACACUUAUGUAGAAGAUAGUUCCGAGAAACAAUCAAAUAUACCCAGACAUUUAAAGAAAGAUGUGAAUGAAGUUGGGGAAAUUGCUGAGAUGUCUGUUAACACAAUGAUGAUGCAACAAGAUGAAGAGCAAGAAGAGAAUAUUGAGACUGAUUCUGAUUUAAUGGCUGUCAAAGAAAGUGCAAGCAGUUCUAAGAUUAAUGAAUUAGAUGAAGACGUGGCAAAUGAUGACAUUAGUGAAUUUGAUGACAUAAUGCAAACUGAAGCAGCAAAGGAGGAAGCAACCGAAGAACACACUGAGGAAGAAUCAGAACAGCAGGACAAGACGGCUGAUGAUGAAACUGCAGAAGAAGGGCAAACUGCAAAAACAGAAUCUGUUAAAGAGGGUGAGACCACUGGCGAAGAGACUUCAGAGGAUGGGCAGACUGCUGAAGCAGUAGCUGUUGGAGAGGAUGACAUAGCUGGUUGUGACACUGCAGAAGAAGGUGAGACAGUUGAGGGUGAAAAAGCAGAAGCUGGACAAAUUGCUGAAGCUAAAACUUCAAGAGAUGGUGAGACAGCAGAAGAUGAGUCUGCAGAAGCGGGUGAAACAACUGAAGAUAAAGCUUCAGAAGAUGGACAAAUUUCAGAUGAAGAAACCACUGCAGAAAAUGGACAAACUUCUGAAGGUGAAACUGGAGAAGAAGGCGAGACAGGUAAUGGCGACACUGCAGAAGAGCAUGAGACGGCUGAAAGUGAAACUGCAGAAGAGGGACAAACAGCUGAAGAUGAAACUGGCGAAGAAGGUGAGACAGUUAAUGAUGACACUACAGAAGAGCAUGAGAUGGCUGAAAGUGAAACUGCUGAAGAGGGACAAACAGCUGAAGAUGAAACUGGCGAAGAAGGUGAGACAGUUAAUGAUGACACUACAGAAGAGCAUGAGAUGGCUGAAAGUGAAACUGCUGAAGAGGGACAAACAGCUGAAGAUGAAACUGGCGAAGAAGGUGAGACAGUUAAUGAUGACACUACAGAAGAGCAUGAGAUGGCUGAAAGUGAAACUGCUGAAGAGGGACAAACAGCUGAAGAUGAAACUGGCGAAGAAGGUGAGACAGUUAAUGAUGACACUGCAGAAGAGCAUGAGAUGGCUGAAAAUGAAACUGUAGAAGAAAGACAAACUGCUGAAGAUGAAACUGGAGAAGAAGGUGAGACAAUAAACAACGACACUACCGAAGAGCAUGAGACAGCUGAAAGUGAAACUACAGAAGAUGGAAAAACUGAUGAAGAUAAAACUGCAGAAGAAGGUGAGACAGCUAAAGAUCAAACUUCAGAAGAUGGACGAACUGCUGAAGCAGAAACUGUUGGAGAAGAUGAAAUAAGUGAAGAUGAAACUGCAGGGGAGAGUGAGGCAUUAGCUGAAAGCAAAUCUGUAGAAGGAGAGACUGCUGAAACUGAAACUGUGGAAGAGAGCAAUAUUGGUGAGGAUGAAACUGAAGAAAAGGGUGAGACAGCUGAUGGCAACACUGUAGAAGGGCAUGUGAUGGCUGAGAAUGAAUCUGUAGAAGAUAGGGAUGCUGAAACUGCAAGAGCGAGUGAUACAGGUGAUGAGGACAAUGCAAAAGAGAGUGAGACAGCUGAAGAUGAAAUGGCAGAAAAUGGCCAAACUGCUGAAGUUGAAGCUGCAAGAGAGGGUGAGACAGAUAGUGAUGAACCAGCAGAAGAUGAGCAAAAUGCUGAAGCUGAUGCAGGUGAGGAACAUACGGCUGAUAAUGAAGCUGUAGAUGAUGAGCAAACUGCUGAAACUGAAAGUGAUGAAGAGAGUGAGACAGCUGUAGAUGAAACGGAAGAAGAGAGAGAUACUGCGGAGGGGACAUUGGUUGAAGAAAGAGGAACUGAUGUAAAGAGAGCCUAUGAAGAUGAAGACAACACAGAUGAUGUAGGAACUGCAGGAGUUGUGUCAGCUGAUGAAAAAGGAACUUCUGAAGCAGAAACAGCAAAUGAGGCGACCACCGAAGCUGAAACUGAGAUAUCUGAAGAGAAAGCUGCUGUUGAAGAUGGCAACAUGGCAGAAGACAAAAAUGCUGUAGUAGAGCUGACAGAGCAAACUCCUGAUCAUGAGACGACUGGAGAAGAGACAGACAGGAGUCAAUCAAACGAUGAGGAAGACAAGGAAACUGUCAGUUGUGAAGCAGCAAAGGAGGAAGGUGUUCUUUCUAACAUUGAGGACACUGAGAGUCAUGAUGUUUUAACUAAUCUUGAGGUAAUUGGAGAUGAAACACCCCUUAAGAACAAGGAUGACAUUGUUCUAGAUAGUGUUGAUGAUAAAGGUGAAGAAAGUGGAAAAGAAGAUGAUGAGGUGGAGAUAAUGGCAAAUAAAGCUGGUUAUGUGGCCAACACUGGUGAAUCAGCUGAAGCUGGCGAUGAAGCUGAGGAUGACACAGAGCCAGACACGGAGACAAAUGAAGGGGAGCAUAAUAGGAACAGGCUAGGUUUACACCCUCUGUUACAGCCAAAACCAAAAGAUGACAAACCAGAUGGGGCGACUUCAUUUAAUGUUUUGGUAAAGCACAACUCGGAGUCUGAAGAUGGUGCCGAUGCUGACGGAGAAGACUCAGAAACAGAAGAACACAACCAAGUCAUUGAUUUGAGUUCUGAGUCAGAGAUCAAGCCACAGAGGAAAACUGCACAUAAAACCUUCAAAAUGCUCGUUCACACUCUGAAUUUCGUCAAACUCUCAGCCGCUGGACAAUCAAAGAGCAGGGAAGAGGAUAAUGAACAUGAAGUUGAAGACGAAGAGACUCCAGAGGAUGGGAGUGAUGUUGCAGAAGAGAGUUCCUGUGUGGAGAAAGACGAGGUUGAAGAGAACAGAAAGGAGAAGGGCAAACUCUCAGAUAUUACAGAGGAUACAUCAGAAGAUGAGGAGGACCAGACAAAUGAGACUAAUGAUGAUUCAGAGGUUCAUGAAUGGGAAUCAUCUGACAAUUCCUUGCAAAAGCAGAUAACAAAGUCAUCCCUGGAAUCUCAGUCAGGUUCCUUUGAUGAAGUUCAUGAGGAACAGGCAAAAAAUCAGAAAGGUUUAAAUCAUCUGAAAGACAAGUAGAAUCCUUCCUCGACAUCAAAGACAAGAACCAAAGAUGCUCUUUAGCAUGUGAAAAUGGUUCCAGAGGGGUUAUUUCUCUAUUAUACUUAGACCUUAUAAUAAUGAUCCUAUACACCUAAAUUGAGUUUUUAAGAGCCCUUUGGAUUCCUUAUUUUAUUUACCAAAGAGUAACAUAUUACUUAUUAUUAAUUUAUUAUGAUUCCAUUAUAUAUGCAGAUUAUAUAUAUGCAAAAGCACAGCAUUACUGCUCAGGUACUGUAAAAAGGGAAUUGUUAAAACUUGAAGCUCUUCUAACUUAAUGGAAGGAAAUUUGUUUAGAAUUUUAGUAAAUUUAUGUCAAAACAACAUAUUUAAUUGCAGUUAUUUAUAUAAUUCAAUCAGUUGUAAGCCUUAGCCAUGCGAGGGACUUUUGACAAAGGCUUAAUAAUGUAUCAUAGUUACUGUAUCAUACUGUAUAUGUAUGUGCUGCUAUACAAAUGUUCCUUUAUUGAAAUACAGUGUAAAAUCACACAUCAUAGUGACAUGCAAUGGAAAUCAGGGGGCAUAAACUGUGUGUACGAGUGCAUGAGAAUGAAUGUGUAUUGAACAUAUUUCAAUCUGAAUGUUUGUUUCAUUGUAGCAAUAUGAAUUAAUAAUCUAAUUUACUUGUAGGUUGCUUGUGGGAGAGCAUACCUUUAAAAAAAACAUAAAAUAAUUUUUUUUUAUCACUGCUAAAACACAUAAGAGAUGUCCAUUCCAUAUGA